GUCACAUGAUACUGAUUUUCCCUUCUGAUAUUUAAUCACUGUUUCAGACAAGUCCUCUUAAGCGAGCACGUACAAUAAUCUCACCAGUUUAGCAAAUUCGCGCACGCUACAGAUCACAACAGCGGUAAAGCACAAUUUAUUGGUCGUGUAAACAUCUAAGGGAACAGGAGCGAGAGCUUCGUGUGGAAUCCGUUUCAACAAGGUUUACAAUGAACCAACAGAAACGCCUUUCCGAGACAAAGAGAAGAAUAUCACUCGGUAGUUUGUGUGGCAUGUCGGGAUUACUGCUGUCUAUCGUGUGUUGUGUCGCGCUUGUUCAUGUGGAAUUCAGGAUACAAGAACAUCAUCGACUGCUAUCACACCCGACAACAAUCUGUGAUAAGAUGGAGGAAGAAAUCCUGCGCAAAGUACAACAAAAUUUCAAUCGAUGGGCAGCUGCGAAAGAAGAAGAGAUGAGUGGAGGAAAAGGUGACGAGGGAAGUAUUUCAAAAUACAAACGAAGUGUUUCAUCUGUGUAUUCACCGACAACAGCGCAAACAACAACCUCUGAUGUACAGCGACUCAUAAGAGAAGAGCUCAGUCGACUGCAAGACCAAAUCUGUGCUAACGAUCACAUGUUAUGUCGAACAGGACCGAAAGGGAACCCAGGCCGACACGGUAGACCUGGCCUCCGUGGAAGAACAGGGAGACCAGGACCCAAGGGACCACCGGGUAAGCACGGUCCCGUGGGACCUCAAGGACCAAUCGGGAUAAGAGGAGAUCCGGGAUUACCGGGGGAUAUAGGACCUCCGGGCCCUAGAGGACCCCAGGGAGUCAAGGGCGAGAGGGGUAAGACUGUCUCAGCUCCUUUUCUUCAGGAGCCUGUCGCUGGAAUGACAGUCAAUGAAGGACAAACAGCAUCCCUGAAAUGUACAGCAGACGGUCAUCCACCUCCACGGGUCACGUGGUCCAAGAUCAAUUCGUCACUUCCUGUUGGGCGUCACGUGAUAGAGUCCAGUGGUGUUCUUAGUGUAAAGAACGUGAAAUCAGAAGACGAUGGAGUUUACAGCUGCAGAGCGGAAAACCUGCUGGGAAGUGUGAGCGCUUCAGCAAAGUUAAUAGUGCAAUUUUCUCCGCGGGUUUCACUGCCCUCUAGUCGACUAGUGGCCGAGGAAGAACAAACCAUCAACAUCGCCUGCCGUGCAACUGGUCAGCCGCCACCUACUAUCACGUGGUCUAAAGCUAUCGGUAGUUUACCUGAAAGAAGAACUGUUAAUAACGGCGUCUUGAAAAUCAACAACGUGUCGAGAAAAGACGGAGGAACGUUCAUAUGUAAAGCGGAAAAUAUUCUGGGGGGAGCCGAGAAAACCAUUCAGGUGGUAAUAUUCUCUCGUUUGCGUUUUAAAGUUCGUCCUCCAGUACAGUUGACAGCUGAAAUUGGGCUCCCUCUCCAUCUACCUUGUGUGGCUGAGAGCGACCUCAAACCAACAGUAGCGUGGAUGAAGGAUGGAAAGCCGUCAUUCCCCGUAGACUCUCGCAUUCUUCAAAACAACACACUUGUCAUUUCCAGUGUCAAGAAAUCGCACGAGGGAUCUUACACCUGUAAAGCGACCAAUGCUCUAUCUUCUAUACAAGCAAGUGUUCAGGUUAAAUCCGAGUCCUCUUCCUGUUCUGUGAUACGGAAAUACGUCAGCAGUUCUAGUGGAAAUUACGUCAUUGAUCCAGAUGGCGAGGGUGGCCUGGCGCCAUUCACAGUCUACUGUGACAUGAGUGACAAGAAUGGUGUUGGCGUCACAGUUGUUAGUCACGACAGUGAAAGCAGAACAUUGGUGAAUGGAUAUGAUAAUGGCGGUUUGUACUCGCGCAGCAUUCACUACUCAGGAGCAAGUCUAUCUCAGCUGGCCAGUCUUACUAAUGCCUCUUCAAACUGUGAACAGUUCAUUAAAUAUGAGUGUUAUCACUCUCAAUUGAGAGCUCUUAGCUGGUGGGUGUCACGAGAUUCUAGUCCGAUGUGGUACUGGGGCGGAGCGUCGCCUGGAAGUAGAAAGUGCGCAUGCGGAAUGACCAACUCGUGCGCAGAUCCCAGUCAAGCGUGCAACUGUGACAAGAAUGACGCUGUAUGGCGCGAGGACAGUGGUCUUCUCACUGAUAAGUCAGCACUUCCGGUCAAAGAGCUCAAGUUGGGAGAUACAGGAGUAUUCGAUGGUAUUGACGAAAAGGGUUACCACACACUGGGAAAAUUGAAGUGCUAUGGUAUAGCCCACGAGUAGAAUAGAAUAACAAUAACUUUGAUUUGACAGCACCGAAGAUCAAUGAGUCGUUUAAAAUUCCUUCUUUCCUAAUUUUAGAUGGAACCAAAAAAGUGAUUCUAUUCCUGUUGUUUGUGUCAGGAUAAUCUAAAUCCUAUAAAGCAGCCACAUGGUUUUUAAUUUAGUAUUAAACAGGAGAAUAAAAUCAACAUACCUGCAGUCCAAACAAGGUGAAACAAUCCCUGAUUCCAUAGCGACUAACUGCUCUUCCUUACAUGUAGUCCUAAUUCAAAACAACAUGAAAUGUAAGUUUCUUGUAACUUUUCA